AUGGACAACAAGACUUUCGUGUCCGACUCCCUCAUCCGCCUCACCGGCGCAUCAGACCCAAUCGCCAUUGACUUCAUUCUUGCGGAAGCGUCAUCUGCCAAGUCCGCCUCCUCCCUCCAAGACAAACUCGUUUCUUUCCUCGAUGGCAGCCCCGACGAGAUUGGCGCAUUCUGUGGGCAGCUCUUCUCCAGGGUGGGGAAGAGCAGCAGCCGGCCUGGCGCAUCUUCACAGCCUGCUGUGAGCAAAGAGUCCACGAAGAAGAAAUACCGUCUCGUGGAUAUGGGCGAGGAUCUCCCUGAUCCCGCCUCAUCACUAGAACCCGUCAAUGUCGAAGCGGAGCGCGAUAGACGGCGGCGCCGGGAUACGGAGCGGGACAGCGACCGCGACCGAGAGCGGAGCCACCGGGACUCUGAGCGCAGUCGCCGGGAGAAGGACGAUAGCCGGAAACGAGACCGCAGCCGGGACCCUGAGAGCCGAGACCGACCACGAACGAAGAAGUUGCGGCAGAGAGACACACAUGACUUCGAUGGCCGCUGGGGCGACGAAGAGAUUCCCGAGAAUGAUCUAGGCAUCGGCGAGGACGAGGACGAGUUUGCCGAAUCACCCUCGAAGCGAACACGACUCGAGGAUGGAUCAGCCUCUCCGCGUGCCGCCUCGCCAGCCGAGGACAUUGACCCCCAGACCAAGCAGGAAAUGGAGCGGCAAAAGGAUCUACGUGAGCGAGAUGAGUUUGCGAAGCGAUUGGCCAACAAGGAGAACUCCAAGUCUAAGAAGAUCGUGGAGGACCGGACAAGGGAUGGUGAAGCAGCGCGACGCCGUGCACUGGCUGACGAUGCCUCUGCGCGAGCAGCUGUGAUGCCUGACCUGCGCGAGCGCUCCCGACAAGAAUAUUUGAAGAAGCGCGAGGCCGAGCGACUGGCCCUGCUGCGGCGCCAGGUUGCAGAGGAGGCCGCGGAGCUGCGCGACAACCCGAAUCUCACGCGCCGGGAGAAGGAGGAAUUUGCGCGAAACCGGCAAGUUCUUCAGAUUGCGGAGGAGCGACUACGCAUCGACGACCAUCGCGAUGGUUAUAUGAUGCCGGAGGAUUACAUCACGGAGAAGGGCAAGAUUGACCGUAAGAAGAAAGAAGAUGCGCUGUACAAGCGGUACGUCGAUCGCGACGAGGCGGGCCAGGAGCGGUUCGUUACCGAGCAUGAGGAAUGGGAGCUGGAGCAGGCUGCCAAAGCCAAGGCGCAGAUCAAGAAGGCCGACUUUGUUGACGAGGGGGACUACGAGUAUGUCUUCGAUGACUCGCAGCAGAUCAACUUCGUGCUGGAGUCCAAGCUGGAGGGCACGCAGAAACCGAUGACACAAGAGCAAAUGCGGUUCAAGGAGCAGGUAGAUGCCGCAGAAAAGAAGGCUGCUACGAUAGAGGAGACACGGAAGAGUCUGCCUAUCUAUCAAUUCCGUGAUCAGAUCAUCCAGGCUGUGCAUGACCACCAAGUUCUGAUUAUUGUGGGUGAGACAGGCUCUGGUAAGACAACCCAGAUCCCACAGUAUCUCCACGAGGCUGGCUUUACCAAGGACGGCUUGAAGAUUGGUUGUACUCAGCCGCGUCGCGUGGCUGCCAUGAGUGUCGCAGCCCGUGUGGCUGAGGAAAUGGGUACCAAGCUUGGCAACGAAGUCGGCUACGCGAUCCGUUUUGAGGAUAACACGAGCGACAAGACGAUCCUGAAGUAUAUGACUGACGGCAUGCUUCUGCGAGAGUUGCUCACGGAGCCGGACCUGGGCCAGUACUCGGCACUGAUGAUCGAUGAGGCCCACGAGCGGACCGUGCCGACGGAUAUUGCUUGCGGUCUUCUGAAAGAUAUUGCCAAGGCGCGGCCCGAUCUGAAGCUACUCAUCUCAUCCGCGACCAUGGAUGCACAGAAGUUCCAAAAGUACUUUGACGAUGCGCCCAUUUUCAACAUCCCUGGUCGCCGGUACCCCGUUGACGUGCAUUACACCUCGCAACCCGAAGCCAACUAUCUCGCAGCCGCCAUCACCACCGUCUUUCAGAUCCAUGUCACCCAGGGAACUGGUGAUAUCCUUGUUUUCCUGACAGGCCAAGAAGAAAUCGAAGCUGCGGAGCAAAGUCUACAAGAAACAGCACGGAAACUCGGCAGUAAGAUACCGGAGAUGAUAAUCUGUCCCAUCUACGCCAAUCUGCCGUCCGAAUUGCAGACCAAGAUUUUCGAGCCCACGCCACCCAAGGCGCGCAAGGUCGUGCUGGCGACUAAUAUUGCCGAGACCAGUCUGACCAUCGACGGCAUUGUCUACGUGAUUGACCCUGGGUUCGUGAAGGAGAAUGUGUUCAACCCCCGCACGGGCAUGGAGAGUUUGGUCGUGACCCCUUGCUCGCGGGCCUCGGCCAACCAGCGAGCCGGUCGUGCUGGACGUGUUGGCCCUGGUAAAUGCUUCCGGUUGUAUACUAAGUGGGCGUACUACAACGAAUUGGAAGAGAACACUACGCCCGAGAUCCAACGCACUAAUCUCAACGGAGUGAUUCUGAUGCUGAAGUCGCUGGGCAUUGACCAGCUGCUUGACUUCGACUUCAUGGACCCGCCACCGGCGGAGACCAUUAUCCGCGCCUUGGAGCAAUUGUAUGCACUGGGUGCAUUGAACGAUCGAGGCGAACUCACCAAAGUGGGCCGGCAGAUGGCCGAGUUCCCCACCGAUCCGAUGCUGGCCAAGGCCAUUCUCGCCGCAGGCCAGUACGGCUGCGUGGAGGAGGUGCUGUCGAUCGUAUCGAUGCUCGGUGAAGCUAGCGCGCUAUUCUUCCGGCCGAAGGACAAGAAGAUCCAUGCCGACAGCGCGCGCAAUCGAUUCACGAUCAAAGAGGGCGGCGACCACCUCACGCUGCUCAACAUCUGGAACCAGUGGGUUGACUCAGACUUCAGCUUUGUGUGGGCGAAGGAGAACUUCCUCCAGCAGCGCAGUCUGACGCGUGCGCGCGACGUGCGCGACCAGCUCGCCAAGCUGUGCGACCGCGUCGAAGUGUCUGUUAGCACGUGCGGCUCGACCAACCUGGUGCCUAUCCAGAAAGCAAUUACAGCCGGCUUCUUCCCGAACGCGGCGCGGCUGCAGCGCGGCGGCGACAGCUACCGCACGAUCAAGAACGGGCAGAGCGUGUAUCUACACCCAUCCAGCACGCUGUUCGAGGUCAACCCGCGCUGGGUGAUCUACUUCGAGCUGGUGCUGACUAGCAAGGAGUAUAUGCGCAGCAAUAUGCCGUUGCAGGCGGAGUGGCUGGUGGAGGUUGCGCCGCACUAUUAUAAGAAGAAGGAUCUGGAGUCGCUGGGGCUGGAUCGCAAGGUUCCGAAGGCUACUGGGGCGGCUGGGGAGAAGAGUCGAGGGUAA